GACACCGAGAACUCCACCGUAGCUCUCGCCAAAGGGAGGGAUAUUCUUCUGCAAGCCUACAUCUAUGCCACCAUCUUUCCUGGAAGCAGCAUAAUUCGGUCCUUUGGUACGGAAGACAGACCAACAGAUCGUCCAAUACCACCUCGAGAUGAAGUCUUUGAAUACAUCAUAUUCCGUGGGAGUGAUAUCAAAGACCUCACUGUUUGUGAGCCACCAAAACCACAGUGUUCUUUGCCUCAGGACCCGGCCAUCGUUCAGUCUUCACUAGGCUCAUCUACUUCUUCAUUCCAGUCAGUGGGUUCCUAUGGACCUUUUGGCAGGAUGUCAACAUACAGUCAGUUCAGUCCAAGUUCAUUAGUGGGGCAGCAGUUUGGUGCUGUUGGUGUUGCUGGAAGCUCUUUGACAUCCUUUGGAGCAGAAACAUCAAACAGUGGUACCCUAUCCCAAAGUAGUGCAGUUGGUUCUGCCUUUACACAGGAUACAAGAUCUCUAAAAACACAGUUAUCUCAAGGUCGUUCAAGCCCUCAGUUAGACCCUUUGAGAAAAAGCCCAACCAUGGAACAAGCAGUACAGACCGCCUCGGCCCACUUACCUGCUCCAGCACCUGUUGGGAGGAGGAGCCCUGUAUCAACCAGGCCUUUACCAUCUACCAGCCAAAAAGCAAUAGAGAAUCAAGAGCACAGGCGAGCUGAAGUACACAAAGUUUCAAGACCAGAAAAUGAGCAACUCAGAAACGACAGCAAGAGACAAAUAGUUCCAGGUGCUCCUUCAGCUCCAAGAAGAGGACGUGGGGGUCAUCGAGGUGGCAGGGGACGAUUUGGUAUUCGACGAGAUGGUCCGAUGAAAUUUGAGAAAGACUUUGACUUUGAAAGUGCAAAUGCACAAUUUAACAAGGAGGAAAUUGACAGAGAGUUUCAUAAUAAACUUAAAUUGAAAGAAGAUAAACUUGAGAAGCAGGAAAAGCCUGUAAAUGGUGAAGAUAAAGGAGACUCAGGAGUUGAUACCCAAAACAGUGAAGGAAAUGCAGAUGAAGAAGACCCACUUGGACCUAAUUGCUAUUAUGAUAAAACCAAAUCCUUCUUUGAUAAUAUUUCUUGUGAUGAUAAUAGAGAACGGAGACCAACCUGGGCUGAGGAAAGAAGAUUAAAUGCCGAAACAUUUGGAAUUCCGCUUCGUCCAAACCGUGGCCGUGGUGGUUACAGAGGCAGAGGAGGUCUUGGUUUCCGUGGUGGCCGAGGGCGUGGUGGUGGCAGAGGUGGCACCUUCACUACCCCUCGAGGAUUUCGUGGUGGAUUCAGAGGAGGUCGUGGGGGCAGAGAGUUUGCAGAUUUCGAAUACAGAAAAGACAACAAAGUUGCUGCAUAGUCUACAGACAAGUCUUUGAAAGCAGGUGAAUUUCUAGCUCUUCCUGGUCCUGAGAAUUGGUUUCAGUCUUGGAGAAGAAUGAAGAGGUGAAUCCGCUGUAUAUUUGUCACCAGCACUGGGUGUUUGUUUGUGUGUUUGUUUUUCUGCUUAAUUUCAAAGAUCCAAUGCAGUUACCUUUGGGGAGAGGGGUAGGCUCAUCUUAAAAAAUGAGCAUUAAAUAUAUUUGGAAUCGCAGAAGGUUAAGUAAUUUCUUAUGUAUAGUUAAACUACAACAGUACUCCAGUGGGACUUACAGGUAUUUUUUCAUCACUGAAAGGAUUUUUCUUAUCACUAAAUUGUAUUUGGCAAUGAUUGUAAGUUGCCUGCUGAUAGGGCCGUGAUACUGUGUUUUGAGCCACAGGAGGGGGGUGUGUGUGUGUGUGUGUGUGUGUGUGUGUGUGUGGAUGGGUGUGUGUCUUUCUUUCUUUCUUUUUGGAAAUCUGUAAUAUCCCCUUUUGAGGUAGCUUAUUUCGUCAAUUAAUUAGGGUGCUGGAUGGUAGAGAAUUUUGUCAGUCAACUAUGUAAACACAGUAAAUACUGUUUCUUAGGCAAAGGUAACUUUUUUAUAUAGUUGUAAAAUUCCAUUAUAUUCCAUUGCCAAAGAAACAUUAAGAACUUUGUAUAGCUGUAUAAAAAGCAACUAAUUUUUUAAAGAAUAAACAUUUUAAAGUCAGCAAACAUACUGUGUCCUUGCAGAAGUUGAUGUGCUGAGGAGCAGAGCUAUGGUUGGUGGGUCCUUUUUCAUAGCUUUCCAGGCUUGAGAUUUUUUAUUUUGAUUUUUUUUUUAAUGUUUGGAACAUAAAUGAAGAUUUGAUACAUUCUUCCAUUACCUGAAAAGGAUAAAUUACUCCUACUCAUUGUAAGAACUUCAUUUUAUAACAAAUGGCAUAUCACAGGAUUUGUCCAAAUAAUAAAUAUUUUCAGUAUAUGAAUGUAAAUAAUCAUAGAUAAGAAUGUACUUAGCUGUAUUUUCAAAUGAGCACCCUCCCCUUUUUUAAGACAAUAAAACUGGGCAUCAGUUAACCUAUU